AUGGCUUCCCACCACCACCUGAUGAAAACCAUGCUUCCCCUGUUUCUCCUCCUCGCGACUGUCUUCACCGGAGCAAUGGCUGCUGCACCGAAGAAGCCCGUGAACGUUCCUUUCGGAAGGAACUACGCACCCACGUGGGCUUUCGACCACAUCAAGUACUACAAUGGCGGCAACGACAUUCAACUGGUCUUGGACAAAUACACCGGGACGGGUUUCCAGUCGAAAGGGUCUUACUUGUUCGGCCACUUCAGUAUGCAGAUCAAGAUGGUUCCCGGAGAUUCCGCCGGAACUGUUACUGCUUUCUACCUAUCUUCGCAAAACUCGGAGCACGACGAGAUAGAUUUCGAGUUCUUGGGCAACCGGACCGGGCAGCCGUACAUUCUGCAGACCAAUGUGUUCACCGGCGGCAAGGGGGAUAGGGAACAGAGAAUCUUCCUCUGGUUCGACCCAACCAAGGCUUACCAUUCCUACUCUGUUCUCUGGAACAACUAUCUCAUUGCCUUCUUCGUGGACGACAUACCGAUCCGAGUGUUCAAGAACCUGAAGAACCUUGGGGUGAAGUUCCCGUUCGAGCAGCCGAUGAAGAUCUACUCCAGCCUCUGGAACGCCGACGACUGGGCCACGCGCGGCGGGCUCGAGAAGACGGACUGGUCCAAGGCACCCUUCAUCGCGGCGUACAAGGGUUUCCACGUGGACGGCUGUGAGGCGUCGGUGGAGGCCAAGUUCUGCGCCACUCAGGGGAAGCGGUGGUGGGACCAGAAGGAGUUCCAGGACCUGGACGCCUACCAGUACCGCCGCCUCCGCUGGGUGCGCAAGAAGUUCACCAUCUACAACUACUGCCAGGACCGGGUCAGGUACCCGGCCCUGCCCAAGGAGUGCAAACCCGACCGGGAUAUCUGA